CAGAACUAAGUCUAGCUGACCAGCAAUGUGAUAAAUACAAGUCAGACUGUUACAGGUAGGGUAUGGAAACAUUUGGAUGCAAACGUUUAUAUCUACACAAACAUAUUUUCUGUAUUGGCAUUUGGCAGGCCAUUGUAAUGUAGACGAGGGGUGGCGAGACGGUGACACUUUGGUGACACGCCCCUGCCCUGGUGGUGUGUCACGUUCUGACGCUUUUCCACGUCGCAGUUCUCGUUGUCGCCAAUGGUAAGCGGUUGCGUGUACGACUCGAGCAAGGCCGGAGAAAGAUGGCGGCGCCCGUCCUGAGAGUGUCCACCCCUCGAUGGGAAAGAAUAGCCAGGCUCCUUGUUUGCGUCUUGGGUAUAUUGUUGUCCUUAUACGCCUUUCACGUGGAAACGGAAAAGUCUAGAGACACGAAUUAUCGGGCCAUGUGCGACGUGAGCAAUUCUAUCAGCUGUUCAAAAGUCUUCACCUCCAGGUGGGGUCGAGGAUUUGGACUGUUGGGCUCGAUCUUCGGAAACGACAGUGCAAUGAACCAGCCAAACAGUGUCUACGGAAUUGUAUUUUAUGUCUUUCAACUGUUACUAGGAAUCACCGUGAGUGCGAUGGCUGCCCUGAUCCUCAUGGCGACGUCCAUCCUGUCGGUGAUGGGCUCUCUCUACCUCGGCUACAUCCUCUACUUUGUCCUCGAGGACUUCUGCAUUAUCUGCAUCACCACAUAUGCACUUAGCUUCAUUCUCUUUAUGCUCAACUACAAGCGCCUGGUUUACUUGAACGAGGCCUGGAAGCAGCAGCUGCCGGUCAAACAGGACUAAGAUGAGGGGGGUGGGGGGAAAAAAAAGUUAAACAAAUUACGUGAACUCUUGAACAGAACAUUUUGACUUGCCACCAGGAGACCUUGCUUCCAAAGCAUUGUUUUAUUAUGCUGUGUGUUUUAUAUAUAUAUAAAGAAACAGGAUGACUAGUCUGGGCCAGACAUCUCUCAAGUUCAUUGUUGCAUAAAUGGAAGGAUUUACAAACGGGGUUGGGUGGGCGGGGGGGGGGGACGGAGAUUCUCAUUUUUCGUUUUGUUUUUUUAUUUACACCCUCACACAUAAUAAACAAGCAGGAAAGCAAAGGUAGAAUCCCAGUUCACUUCACUGUGAAAGAUGAGAGGACAGGACGUCCUUCUUGAACAAAAAAAGGACCAGAACGUAGAAGAAAAUUGGGACUUCUAAAAGGUGUAUACUUGAAAUCGAUAAGAAGGUCCUGUUCCUGACCGGCUCCGGAGCCGGCUAGCUGCAACGUCACUACAACCUCAGCAGAACUGAAGAAUGGGUCAGAAUACCAAAUGCAUGAUCGUGGAGAUUAUAAUCGUACAGUUGGCAGCAUAGCUAGGAUAACAUGAGAGCCAAACAGGUUAACAUCCUACAGCAUACAGAAUAGUUAAUUAUUUUUUUUGUACGUUUUUUUUUUUCUCUCAAUGUUUACACUUUACAGCAGGUUUUUUUUGUGUGUCUUUGAUAGUACCACUAAUAUUAAACAUGGGAGACUGUGAGGAACUGUGUGGAAAUCAGUCAGAAUAGGUUUUUUUUCUUUCUUUUUUUUCAUUCUGUAAAUAGCUGCUGAGAAAUUUUCCAGGUUAGAUUGUGAUUUAGUGUUGACAUAGACUAAGUUAAAAAAAGUAAUAAAUAAUUUAAAAAAAAAAUGUUUCGAAAAGAAAUCACAAAAUAAGAAAAUAAAAAUAAAAAAAGUGAAGUCAAGUUGUCAUCGGGGUGAAUUAACUCCGUCUGAAGACGUUUUUGCAGUCUGUGUGUGACGCCUUAACUUCCUGCAACCCCAAGCGAGGCAUGCUGCAACCCCAAGCGAGGCAUGCUGCAACCCCAAGCGAGGCAUGCUGCAUAGACUUGCGUGGAUUCAUGUGUUCACUAAUCAGUUUCUUUCUCAGAAGUCUUUAACUCACCGAGGUCACAAAGCAUAUGAUAUGUGCACUCUCAAGAGUCUUCAGAGCAGGGUUGUGUUCAUUAGGCAACGCAACGUUUUCAUAACGUUUUGCACUGGAAAAUGAAAAUGUGCGUUUCUUAUAGAGUGGUUAGCUGACGUCACGAAAACAAUGCACGUGCUUCAAUGGGGAAGGAGGCAGUGUGGUGGUGUGAUUCUGGAUGGCCAGAUGACUAGCAACUAUGACAUGAAGCUACCAUGAGGGGAAUCGUAGGUGGCUUGUUUCAGUUAGUUUAACCAACGACUCUAACAAUGUACUUAUGUUUUCAAUAAACAAUGACGACAAUAUAGUUUGUGUUAACAAACAACCCCGUUUCAGUUUUGUUGCUAAACGACCAACCCGUCUAUUGUCCAGGUAGUACCCCCGUUUCAGUUUUUAAUAAUCUUCUUUGGUGCCUAAUGUAGUUAAUUUAUUCGCUGCCAAGAUGAAGUCUUGCUCUCCGUGAUCUUCCCUGUCGUUAUGUGUUAAAAGCAUUCCUGGACACACACUACUGUACCGCUGGGGGAUCCAUGUAGACUUAUGUGCCUGAAAGAGAAGUGAAUUCCCUUUAUUUGGUUGGGUGGAGGGGGAUAUGUAAAUGAGACGUGAAUUCCCUUUAUUUGGUUGGGUGGAGGGGGAUAUGUAAAUGAGACGUGAAUUCCCUUUAUUUGGUUGGGUGGAGGGGGAUAUGUAAAUGAGAUGUGAAUUCCCUUUAUUUGGUUGGGUGGAGGGGGAUAUGUAAAUGAGAUGUGAAUUCCCUUUAUUUGGUUGGGUGGAGGGGGAUAUGUUAAUGAGAUGUGAAUUCCCUUUAUUUGGUUGGGUGGAGGGGGAUAUGUAAAUGAGAUGUGAAUUCCCUUUAUUUGGUUGGGUGGAGGGGAAUAUGUAAAUGAGAAGUGAAUUCCCUUUAUUUGGUUGGGUAGAGGGGGAUAUGUAAAUGAGAUGUGAAUUCCCCUUAUUUGGUUGGGUGGAGGGGGAUAUGUAAAUGAGACGUGCAUUCCCUUUAUUUGGUUGGGUGGAGGGGGAUAUGUAAAUGAGACGUGAAUUCCCCUUAUUUGGUUGGGUGGAGGGGGAUAUGUAAAUGAGACGUGAAUUCCCUUUAUUUGGUUGGGUGGAGGGGGAUAUGUAAAUGAGAUGUGAAUUCCCUUUAUUUGGUUGGGUGGAGGGGGAUAUGUAAAUGAGACGUGAAUUCCCCUUAUUUGGUUGGGUGGAGGGGGAUAUGUAAAUGAGAUGUGAAUUCCCUUUAUUUGGUUGGGUGGAGGGGGAUAUGUAAAUGAGACGUGAAUUCCCCUUAUUUGGUUGGGUGGAGGGGGAUAUGUAAAUGAGACGUGAAUUCCCCUUAUUUGGUUGGGUGGAGGGGGAUAUGUAAAUGAGACAUGAAUUGUCUUUAUUGGGUGGAGGGGUUUAUGUAAAUGGGACGUGAAUUCCCUUUAUUGGGUGAAGGGGUUUAUGUAAAUGAGACGUGAAUUCCCUUUAUUGGUUGGAGGGGUAAAUGUUUCACUUAUUUUUUUCUCAUUGUUACAAACCCAUUGCUUUUUUUUUUUUGUAUUUACUAAAUUGUAUACUUAAGGCCAUUGUUUUCUCCCUCACCCCUUGUGUAUAGGGCAAUGAUACGGUAGCACGGGCUGCCAAACAGUGAUCGUCUGUCAGCUCAAGGGUGGUAGUAGUAGGCCAGCCAUUCAGUUUGGCAUUUUUGUAGGUUAAGGUUGUCGAUUUAAAAAAACAAGUAGUAAGGUUCAGUCUCUCUCUGUGGAACAUAGCCCGGUUUCUUCCUAGGUUUUGGCCUUUCUAGGGAGUUUUUCCUAGCCACCGUGCUUUUACACCUGCAUUGUUUGGGGUUUUAGGCUGGGUUUCUGUACAGCACUUUGAGAUAUCAGCUGAUGUACGAAGGGCUAUAUAAAUCAAUUUGAUUUGAUUUGAUUUGAACAGCACUGUAACUACAGUUUUUGGGGAAGGAAACCUCUCAGUAUUGGCCAAAGUGUGUGAUACAACCCAAGGCAGUUGGAUCAUCGCGAAGCAGAAUAGCCGACAGAUCAGGUUGAAGCCCUUCAAACCUGAUGUGUAAGUUACUAUUCACAUUCAUGGACAGUGGAACAUCCCCUGGCUCAACAUUGAACAAUCUCAUUGAUACUGUUUUAGAUGGGCACUCAACAGUGUCACAUUUUUUUUUUAUACACCAGUUGGCAAUUUCCUAAUAAAGGAGCCAUUGUUUCCUUAUGGCCGAGGUCUAAACAAAGAUGGCUGAUGACGCAAAUGACUGCUUCCUGUUAAACCAUGCUAGGUCAUCAGUUGUACACGCAUGAUGAAAUAUGAGGUACUUAUGGGUUUACACAUGGUUUGCAUUGUAACUCACUCACUAGCGCUGCACAAGGUAUUUGACACAAGAAUACUGGUAUUGCCUGUUGCAUCCGAAUUUUAGCAGUGGAACACCUGAGGUCUUUGGGACGAGAUGCCGUUUUGUGCAUGAUGACAAGGUCUAAACCUCCAACUCCCAGAGUUUGACUUACAGUCUGGUUGUGCACUAUAGACUUUCCUAAGGGGUUACUCACAGAGCCCAUGUUGGCAGCAUUCAUAUAGGUCCUAACGUUGGAGCAACAAACUUAAACAGGUGUAAUGUAAUAAUAGUCCCAAAGUGACUUGUUCCAGAGAGGUACGGGUGGUACGGUACGGGUGGUACGGGUACGGGUGGUGUGUUUGGCUUUAAGUCACACGCGUCAAAGUCCUUAAAAGAAGCUUGCUGAAUGUGUUCCUAUCGCUAACCUGCUGGAUAAUAAUAAUAAAAACAUAAAUGUUUUGAUUUUUAUUCAAGUCAAAUUAGAAGAUAAAACACGUAUUAAUCAAAAUCAACAGAAAUACAGAUACAUGUAUAAUUGUGGUCCUUCUGUAGCUCAGUUGGUAGAGCAUGGCGCUUGUAACGCCAGGGUAGUGGGUUCGUUUCCCGGGACCACCCAUACGUAGAAUGUAUGCACACAUGACUGUAAGUCGCUUUGGAUAAAAGCGUCUGCUAAAUGGCAUAUAUUAUAAUGCAGCCCUCGACUCAUUUUAAUCCACGUCCAUUUGGUUCUUAAAACGUUUUCUGUAAUGAAUAAACCACGUGAGAACGUGUUCAGAAAGUGACUCUUAAAAUGUCCCUAGAUUUAGAACCUGCGUCAACAAAUGCCUGCUGUUGGAUCACUGGGCCUUUCGCAGUUAAAGAGACAGUAAAAUAAAGCCUGGUGACAGUGAUUGGCUCUCUUGCUUGCCUUUCUAAACAUGUAUUUCUGAUCAUAGGACCCCCCUCCCCUCCCCCCACAGCACUCUGUAGAUCGCCUGGGUGCCAGUCUGUUUCUGCUGUCUUGCCAACUUUAAAAAGGAAAUGUCAUGGCUCGGCCAUGGAGUUGGUAAGAGCACUAACUGAUCAGAGACCAGGGGUGUUAAACAUGCAGAUUCUCUUGCUAAAUACUUUUUUUUUUCUUCAAAAAAAGGAAAGCGCAAACAAGUUUCUAUUGGACAAAUUCAGAUAGAUCCCUCCCCGCUUUGGUUCUUAAAACAGUUUCUGUAAUGAAUAAACCACGUGAGAGGUAAAAAAAAAAAAUGACUCACCGAAAAGCCAUGUCUUGUAUUUAAACGGUCAUUGUCUACUUUUAUUUUCAAUAAAUGUUCAUAUUUUAAUUUCUGUCAUUAGAGUUAGAGGUCACUUGUUUCUGCUAUAAAAAAAAAAAACUUUUGUCUGAAUUACAAGAUUGUAAAGUUCUUUCUCUGUGACAAGUGAAAUCAUUUGUAUUUCUCUACUUAUUUUUGUAUGAAUGGGCUCUCCUUCAUUGGUCACUACAUCUUAGCUGUAUAGACUUAACAUUUCUGGGUUAUUUCAGAACAAUGUCCGUGUGUCAGAAUCAGUUUGUUUGUGGGAGAAAUACUGUAGGUUUGCUUCUGUAUUUGCCAAAUAAGUUGACAAAUGCUGUAUUUUCAUACAUGGUGAAAAAGUAUUACGUGAAUGGUAGAUUGAAUGGGUACAGAGAAACCAAUCGAAUGAAAUCCACUAUUUGCUUUACCUUGUGAGAAAACUGUUGCGAAAGUUUACAUUAACAGUGAACAUUUUAAAAUGGGGGGGGGUCAUUGGUCAUGUGGAAAUGGUCUAUCAUUAAAAACAUUCCAUCUGAA